AUGAGGAGACGCUGUAAAGGCGGCGAAGCAGCUGCUCCUCGUCUGCGGAGUGACCCGUCUGGCACUGGAAAGUGGGUGCUGAAGGUGCGAGUGCCGCGCGCCGGCAGCGCUCGCUCGUCUUUACGGCAACACAGCACAGCACAGCACCCCACUGCAGGUAAUGAAACCCAGCAGGCAGUGCCGCGGUCCGCCGCCGCAAGCUGUCUCGGCUGGGCCGCCGCGCUGUUGACUCUGCAGAGCAGCCGCGCCGCGUCUGCAAAUAUUUUGUCCGCCGCAGCCUCGCUGGGCGGAGCGCCCGCCUACGAGAAGCAGCAGCUACUCAAUACCUACACCGGUCAGCUUAACUCGAGGUUCAGCCCCACUGCCGCAGAGGCUUCUUACGACGUCGAUCACUUCGAGUGGCCGCUAGCGCGGGCGGCGGAGGCGGGCGAGGCGGUGACUCUGACGCUGCUGCAGCACAGCCGCUACUUCGGCCGCGAGCGCGCGCUCGGCGCCUACAGCCUGCUGCUGCAGCAGGUGCUGCGCGACGGCCGCCUCGCGCUCUGCGACACCAUGCUCGACUCCAACAACAAGCCGCUGCCCACCCGCAUCUCGUUCGAAAUCGCGUACACGCCGCCAGGUGGCGCGGAAGUGGCAGGAGACGCAGUAUUCGACGCGCUAGACGACGACCAGCAGAUGCUAAUCGACAUCGAGCAGAACAUCGCCAACCUGGAGCGCAACCUUCAGCUGGUCGGCCGGCGCGGCUCCUGGCAGUCAGACGACGGCGGCGGGGGCGGCGGAGGCGGUGGGGCCGGCUGCGGAGGCGGCAGGGGCGCGCGCGCCAUGCGCGUGCUGCGCCGCGGCACCUCGCUCACCAGCCCCACGGCCGCAGCACCCGACAAGUCCCCGGCGCCAGAGCGCAAGAGGAGCUCGACGCUGAAGAGCGUGCGCAGCCUGAUGCGGCUGGGCAAGCAGCGGCCGUCGCGGCACGACUCUGACGGCGAGGAGGGCGGCGAGGCGCGCCAGCGGCUGCUGUCGGGCGGCGACUCUGCGGGCGACGCGCGCUCCCUGGGCGGCCUGUCGCGGUCGCGCUCGCGGCCCGGCAGCCAGACCUCGCUGUCCUCGGGGCCCGCAGAUGCAGACGCCGACGCGCCCACCAGCCCCGCCGGUGCGGCCAGGUCCCGGCCUCGGACGCCGCUGGUCAGCGCGUCGCCGCACGCGGCCGCGCUCAAGGCGCAGGACUUCCAGCUGUGCGUCACCGUCAUAGAGGCCCGCCAGCUCGCCGGCCUCAACAUGGACCCCGUCGUCUGCGUGCAGGUCGGCGACCAGCGCAAGUACACCAGCGUCAAGGAAUCCACCAACUGCCCCUACUACAAUGAGUAUUUUGUGUUCGACUUCCACAUGCCUCCAAUCAUGCUCUUCGAUAAAAUCAUAACACUUUCAGUUCUACAAUCAAGGAACAUUCUCAGAUCCAACAAAAUGUUGGGAAGCUUUAAGUUAGAUGUGGCGACCGUAUGGGCACAGCCAGAUCAUCAGUUCUACCACAAGUGGGCGCUGUUGACUGACCCCGAUGACAUUGCUGGCGGGCCUAAAGGAUAUCUAAAAUGUGAUAUUGCUGUCAUCGGCAAGGGUGACAGCAUCAAGGUUCCACCGAAGAGUGAGAAAGACGAAGAUGACAUUGAAGCGAAUCUUCUGUUACCAGACGGGGUACCAGUUGAAAGACAAAGAGCACGCUUCAUAGUACGGAUCUACAGGGCGGACGGCCUUCCGAAGAUGAACUCAUCUAUUGUGGCUAAUGUCAAGAAGGCGUUCACAGGAGAAUUCAAGGACUUGGUGGAUCCGUAUGUCCAAGUGUCAUUCGCAGGCCUGACUGGAAAAACAAGCGUAAAAAAGCACAGCUACGCGCCUGUGUGGAACGAGCAGAUAGUCUUCACAGAAAUGUUUCCACCACUGUGCCAGAGGAUAAAGAUUCAGCUCCGAGAUAAUGAUCCAGUAAACAACACUGUGAUUGGAACACACUUUAUUGACCUGAAGACCAUCUCCAAUGAUGGAGAGAAGGGUUUCCUUCCAACAUUUGGACCAACAUUCAUCCAUUUAUAUGGCUCGACAAGAGAUUACAGUCUCAUAGACGAACAUUCAAAUCUAAAUUCAGGCCUAGGAGAAGGGGUGUCAUACCGUGCGCGAUUGCUGGUAGCCAUACGCACAGAAAUCACAGACACUAUCGAUCUCGCCCCUUCUGAGGUAGAAGUCGAACCAACGUUCCCCAUUAAUGAAUCAUCAUAUGCAAAAAAUGAAGAAUUUUUUCUGUUUGCGACAAUCCUGGAAGCGACAAUGAUCGACAAAAAAUUGGGAGACAAACCAGUAUAUUUUGAACUUAGCAUUGGAAACGCAGGUAACUCAAUUGACGGUCACAAUGAAACGGCGAAAGAUUUCGCUGACUCCGACAGCGAUGACAAUUUAGAAGUGGUAACAUCAGAACUACCUUCCUGGCAGAGCACCACGCCGCCAGCCAAACCAAUGACCCAUGACCGCAUCUAUUACUUCCUCCCAUACUGGGACGACAAACCAUGUAUGCAUGUGUACUCGAUAUGGCCGGACCACAGAAGGCGAAUGUACAACUCGAAUAUCAUUGCAAAAAUUAUUGACAAACUGGAAGAAGGCCUGUCCGAGGUGCAGCUGCUGACGGAGCAGGAGGACGGCGCGGCAGAGCGGCGGCUGCGCGCCGUGCUGGAGGAGCUGUCGGCCGCGUGCGCCAGAUACGUGUCCAUCGCGCGCAGCAACAGCGCCACCGCCGGCAUGGGCAAGACCAAGCUCGACAAGGAGCGCAUCAAGCUCUGCCAGCGAGACGUCGAACACAUAGGUGUCAUGUCAAGGAAUCUCAAGGCCUUGGUCACAAAAAACUCCCUUAAGGAAAGAUACAAAACUGCUCACACAUAUUUACAGAAGCUCAAGUUCCUUGUGGAAGAUCCGCAGCAUUCAAUGCCUGAUAUUUUCGUAUGGAUUAUUAGUGGAGGCAAGAGGAUUGCGUACCAAAGGAUUCAGUCACGAAACUUGAUCCAUUCCAUCGUCGAUGAAGAAUGUGGACGCGACUGCGGCAAAGUUCAAACACUUUUUCUCAGGCUCCCUGGAAAGAAGGGUGUUGGUCCUAGUGGAUGGGCUAUUCAAUCAAAAUUGCAAAUGUAUAUGUGGUUGGGAAUUCUUAAGCACAAGAAAAAUUGUUUCAAUGGGCUUCCAAAAGGCUAUGAAAUAUCACAUGAAAUUCGAAAUGCUGAGAGACCAAGAGCACUCCCACCGUCUGUCAUACAUUAUUUAGAGAAAUAUUCCUUCCAACUUCGGGCACAUAUGUAUCAAGCUCGCUCUUUAAUUGGAUCAGAUGCAUCUGGACUGUCAGACCCAUUUGCAAGAGUAGUGAUUGGAGAAUACUGUAAAGUGACUCAAGUUAUUGAUGAAACUCUCAGUCCAACAUGGGAUGAGCUUCUUGUCUUUAAUGAAAUAUUAGUAUUUGGUACAAAAGAAGAGAUAAAAAAUGAUCCACCUUCUAUCAUUAUUGAGAUAUUUGACCAGGAUAAAGUGGGAAAAUCUGAAUUUAUUGGAAGAACUGUUGCUAGACCACAUGUGAAACUUGUGGAUGAACCUUACUCUAAGCCUAAUUUCCCACCCUCAUUGGAAUGGUAUGAACUAAUGAGAGGCCCUGAUCAUGCUGGCGAGCUAUUAGCAACAUUUGAGUUACUAGAGCUGGGAAAUAUGACUGACCCAUCUGUACUGCCACAACUCCCUGAACCCAAAGAAGCAACAGAGAUUCUAGGAGACUCAGACACAGGUCCCAUGUUACCUGUGCCCAGAGGAAUACGUCCUACACUCGCAAAAUACAGGAUUGAAGUGCUCUUUUGGGGACUAAGAGAUUUGAAACGAGUUCAUCUCAUGACUGUGGAUAAACCAAGGGUGGAUAUUGAAUGUGCUGGACACAUUCUCUACUCUUCUGUAAUACAAAAUGCAAGAAAGAAUCCAAAUUUCAGUACUCCUGUCAAAUUUCUUGAACUGGAACUACCAGAGCAAGAACUCUACCGUCCACCCCUAACAAUCCGUGCAGUAGACUGCAGAAGUUUUGGACGGUACACUCUAGUUGGCACUCACAUGAUUAACUCCAUACAUAAAUACAUGUACGUGCCAAUGACAAAGCGUGAGAGAGAAGCAGAGGAGCGUAAAAAAUCACUGCAACAACUGCAGAACAUGGAUCCAAACAGCUCAGGUCAACAAGGAGGAAACAACCUUGUCAUUAUUGACAAUGACAAUAAGGAAAACAGUCCACUUCUGCCAAAAGAUAUGCCUAUCAUUUUAGAUUAUGGUACAGGCCAUAUACCAUCAAAAAAGGACCUGAAAACAGAGGCAAACAGAAAAAGAAAACAAAGUAUUGAUGAAGCAGAUAAUGAUGAAAGCAAUCGUGACUGGUGGACCAAGUAUUUUGCCUCUGUGGAAGCCAUGAUAGAGGAAAGUAAAGAACAUCGUAAAGAGGUUGCACAGAUGCACAGUCAGCAAAAUGGAUCUUUGCCAAUAUACUUUGAGGAAAAUAGUGGGUUUCAGCCAUCUAAUAGAGAUAUUUCAUGGACUGGCAGUGAUAGAAGCACUGAAAAAAAGAAACACACAUUGAAAGGAACAUCAACAGCUGCAAAAUUUGUGGCUCGUCUCAGCCCUAAAAGUAUGAGAAGGAGAAGUGAGCUUCAAACUGCAAUAAUGAAGAUCUAUCCAAAUGAACUUGAAAUGCAGCCAGAGUACAAUGGUUUUAAAGAAUGGCUUCUCACAUUUGACCUGUACAGAGGAAAAAAAACUGGUGAUGACACAGAAGAUGAAAGCCGCGUUGUUGGAACAUUCAAAGGAGCUAUCAAAGUUUACAAGUGGCCAUUGCCAAAAGACAUUGAAGAUCAUACAAUAAUGGGGUUUGAUCCACAGUAUGGAUUUUUCCAAGGUCUUCCAUCAAAUGACCCAAUACAUGUACUUGUCCGUGUUUACAUUGUGAAAGCUACAGAUCUUCAUCCAAUGGACCUAAAUGGGAAAGCAGAUCCAUACAUUGUUCUUCAGCUUGGGAAUAAGAGAAUUAGUGAUAAGGAAAACUACAUAUCCAAACAGCUGAACCCUGUUUUUGGGAAAUGUUUUGAAUUUGAAGCAACUUUUCCCCAAGACUCAAUGCUGACAAUUCAGAUAUUUGAUUGGGACCUGGUUGGCUCAGAUGAUUUAAUUGGAGAGACAAGGAUUGACCUAGAAAACAGAUUUUAUAGCAGACAUAGAGCAACAUGUGGCAUUGCUCAAAAAUAUGAGGAGUAUGGUUACAAUCAGUGGAGGGAUCCAAUGAAACCAACACAAAUAUUAGCCAAACUGUGUAAGGAUGGCAAAAUUGAUAGCCCUUCAUACAGUCCAGGAAAAGUCAAGGUGGGACGGCAAGUUUUCUGCCUUCAGUCUGAAGAUCCAGAUGUUAAUAUGAGCACAAGAGGAAUGGAAGAACAUAUGGCAUUGGCAGUGUUACAUAGAUGGCAUGAGUUUCCUCGUAUUGGUUGUCAGCUGGUACCAGAACACAUUGAAACCAGGCCUUUGUAUCAUGUGGACAAGCCUGGUAUAGAACAGGGGAAAUUGGAGAUGUGGGUGGAUAUGUUCCCAAUGGAUAUGCCUCUCCCAGGUCCAUCACUUGACAUUUCACCUCGGAAACCUAAAUCAUAUGAACUUCGCAUUAUCAUCUGGAACACUGAUGAUGUUGUGCUUGAAGAUGAUGCUUUCUUCACUGGAGAGAAGAUGUCUGACAUCUAUGUUAAAGGGUGGCUGAAAGGACAAGAAGACUGUCAGUGCACAGACAUUCAUUAUCGAUCUCUCACUGGUGAAGGAAAUUUCAACUGGAGAUUUAUAUAUCCAUUUGACUAUCUGGUAGCUGAAGAAAAAAUUGUUAUUUCUAGGAAGGAGUCAUUGUUCUCCUGGGAUGAAACAGAAUGCAAAAUACCAGCAAGAUUAGAACUUCAAGUUUGGGAUGCUGACCAUUUCUCAGCUGAUGAUUUCCUAGGUGCAAUUACACUUGAUUUAAAUCGAUUCCCACGAGGAGCCAAAUCUUCAAAGCUAUGUACACUGGACAUGUUGAAAACAGAUGGUUCUGUUCCUAUGGUCAACAUUUUCAAGCAGAAGAGAGUAAAAGGCUGGUGGCCUUUUUAUGUUAAGAAAGAAAAUGAAGAAAUGGAAUUAACGGGAAAGGUGGAGGCUGAAAUCCAUUUGCUCACAAAAGAAGAAGCAGAGAAAAAUCCAGCUGGUCUGGGAAGAAAUGAACCAGAUCCUUUGGACAAACCUAACCGACCAGAUGCCUCUUUUAUGUGGUUCCUCAAUCCAUUAAAAUCCAUACGUUACAUCGUAUGGCACAAUUACAAGUGGGCAAUACUGAAGAUACUGGUAAUACUUGCUUUAGCAGUAGUAUUACUACUGUUCUUUUAUUCUGUCCCUGGCUACACAGUCAAAAAGAUGUUAGGGGCAUAA